CUUCCACCUCGAAUUAGUAAGGGUGACGUGACGUCUGUAGUUGGCGUUACCAGGCGCAGCAUAAUACCUUGUCAAUAUACAACCUGCGAUUGUUGAAAAUUGCAACCUAUUACUCCCAAGUCUUUUUGUUAUAUUGUAUAUCUCUAUACAAGCAGCAUACCAUAGCCAAUCUUGACUGAGAUAUUGUCUAGCCCUUUACGUUUUUCCUUUACAAGAACACAAAAAAUGGCCUGUCGUUACUACCCCGCCACGGCGAGCUACCCAUCUCCGCUCAAGGGAUUCGAGAACCUCCCGCCGUUGUCGGAGGAAAAGGAUGGAGACGGUAAAAGUCUCAGAAACGAGCAGACCGGCGUUCGCAGCAAAGCAUACGAGGAGUUUGUUGAUCCAUUGGACAGGGGCAAGAGGGGAGGGUUCGACGUACAUAUCUACUACUUCCAUGCAUCGGAAGACCAGACCAAGUAUGCCAAGGAGUUAUACGAGCGGAUCCGGCGGGAAUUUCCCGAGCUACGGAUUUAUAAGUUCUGGGACAGACCCGUCGGCCCACACCCCGUAGCCAUGUUCGAAGUGAACCUGUUCACGCCGGCCCAGUUCGGCGCCUUUGUGGCCUGGCUUGCCGUCUGGCGCGGGCCGCUCUCAGCCCUGGUCCACCCAAACACCAUCGCCGGUCCGGGCGAGGAUCAGAUUGAGGCCGAGCGCAGAGACCACAGUCAGCGGGCCAUCUGGAUGGGGGAGAGGCUUCCUCUUGAUCUUGACUUGUUCGCCAAAAUGGCCGAAAGGAAAGCCUCUGCGGGUAACUCGUAGGCUGAUUGAUGCGUUGAGUCGAGCAUAUAAAUAAUAGCAUUCUUGGUUUGCGUGCAAUCUAGUCUAGUCUAGUGCCAUCUGAUUUCACCCCAUUAUCUUGUGCCAAUUGAAUCAAAUGAUCUUUUUGACAA